CGCUGUUUUUCUGGUCGACUUGUUCACAAUCGGCAGCAUUUCCGUCCUGAAAGCAACCCCGUAGGAGCUGGUUGUGACGGCAGUCCUUUUGUGCUCUCUCUCUGUCCAUCGCAGGCUUUCUAUUGCAUAUACGGCGGGACCCUCGGGUGUCUUCAUUGCAGCACUCCCUUUCCACGCACCGACACAACCGCUCGGCUUGCCGACAUGCGUACGUGUUAUUACGAACUGCUCGGCGUCGAGCGAAAAGCCGACGCCUCGGAGCUGAAGAAGGCGUAUCGACGGAAGGCCCUAGAGCUGCACCCUGACAAGAAUAUUGACCGAAUUGAGGAAGCUACGCACCUGUUUUCGCAGGUGCAGCAGGCGUACGAGGUCCUCUCAGACGAACAAGAGCGUGCUUGGUAUGACUCGCAUAGGGACGCAAUUCUGAGAGGCGAUGAAGACUCGAUUGGAGAAACAGCGGGCGGAAGCGCCGCGUACAUGGACGUCACAACCACCGAUGUCUUAAUGCGCUUCUUCAGCGCCUCUUCGUACUCCGGGUAUGGCGACGGCCCCAAGGGGUUCUUCGCAGUCUUUGGCGACCUCUUCCGCCGACUGGAACACGAAGACGAAGAAGCCGCCGCAAACGACUCUGAGGCGCUUGUUGAGGAAGUGGAGGAGGUUGCGGAGACUCGCACGGACUUCGGCACGUCCACCGAGGCAUAUGAGGGCCGACCGCGGGAUUUCUACAAUAAGUUCCUCAACUAUGUGACUGUGAAGUCCUUCAGGUGGCAUGACAAACAUCGGCUGUUUGACGCGCCGGAUCGCCGUGUCCGGCGUUUAAUGGAAAAGGAGAACAAACGCGCCAGGGAACUCGCACGACGGGAGUUCAACGACGCAGUGCGGAGCUUAGCAGCCUUCCUCCGCAAACGGGAUCCCCGUUACAAGGAGUGGAAGGACAAGCAAGGCGUCGUGGACGCGCAGAAGCAGGCUGAGCUGCAGAGGAAGAAGCGAGCGGAAGAGACGAAGCGGGAACGUGAACUCCGCGCGGACGAUUAUGUCAUUCCGGAAUGGGCCAAGAUUGCGGAGAAGGAUCACCACGCUGCUCUUGAGCUGCAGGAGGAGGAGGAGAUUGAAGAGCUGUAUUGCGUGGCUUGUGAUAAGGGGUUUCGGAGUGAGAAGCAGUUUGAGAACCAUGAACGGUCAAAGAAGCACAUCCGCAACGUGGAGCUUCUGCGCCGAGAGCUCCUGGAAGAUGACGGGAUACUCCGGGAUGAUGAUGAGGACGACGACCUCUCGUCGGAAGGCGAUACAUUCCACGAUGCCGUUGAAGAACUGGUGGACGAGGAUGAGAGGGAUGAGAAGGAUGAGACCCCGACGGAACAGGUUUCAGAAAUAAUGCCUAUCCCCGCAUUCACAGCAGAAGCAGAACGCCUAUCUUCGCCUUCCCCGCCGCCAGAACCAACCCCGCCGCGCGGACGUAAAGCAAAGAAGAAGAAGCAAAAGAAGCAGCAACGCUUCGGGUGGGCGCAGUCAUCUGACAACGAAGAAGAGGAAGCUCCAGCAACGCCACCCCCUGCCAAACCCGACCCAAUACCUUCCAAACCUGCUUCCGACGACGGAUACCCAGAUGCCGACCCCACCGACGCCGCCGUCGACAGUCUCGCGGACGCCUUGCAUCAAACCACACUAGAUGAUGUCUCCAGCGUCGACUCCCAACCGUCCAAAUCCAACGGGCCAGGGAAAGGUAAAGCGAAACAGAAACGCGCGGAGCGACAGGCGAAGAAGGCGGCUGCGGCCGCGAAGGAGAAGAAUGCGGGGUCGACGAACUGUAAUGUGUGUGGCGAGGCGUUUUCGUCACGGACAAAGCUUUUUGAGCAUAUCAAGAGGUCGGGGCAUGCGUUGGCUGGGUGAGGCGUUGGAAGUAGGAGGGUCGUAAUGUAGGAAUCGUUUAGUGUCGUGCAUGUACAUACCAUAUCAUUAUCCGUAUCAGUCAAUGAUCAUUCUUGAUGUUCG